UCUCAACGAAGUGAUUUGAACAAGCAUAUGACAAUACACACUGGUGAGAAGAAUCAUAUAUGUGAAGUGUGUAAUAAAGCAUUUUCUUUAAGAAGUAAAUUGAUCAGUCAUAUGAAAAUACACACUGGUGAGAGGACUCAUGAAUGUAAUGUGUGUGAUAAAGCAUUUUCGCAAAGAAGUGAUUUGAACAAGCAUAUGACAAUACACACUGGCGAGAAGAAUUAUAUAUGUAAGGUGUGAUAAAGCAUUUUCUGUACGAAAUAAUUUGAUCAGUCAUAUGAUAAUACACACUGGUGAGAAGAAUCAUAGAUGUGAAAUAUAUGAUAAAGCAUUUUCUCAUCGACAUUAUGUUUUUAAACAUAUGGCAACACAUACUGCUGAGACAAAUCAUAAAUGUGAAGUCUGUGAUAAAGCGUUUUCUAGACGAGACAGUCUUAUCAGACAUAUGACAAUUCACACUGGCGAAAAAAGAUAUCAAUGUGAAGUGUGUAAUAAAGCAUUUUCUCGCGGAAGUACACUGAAAAUACAUAUGACAAAACACACUGGGGAUAAGAAACAUAGGUGUGAGGUGUGUAAUAGACCAUUUUCUAGAAAAAGUUAUCUUAGCGGUCAUAUGACAAUACACACUGGUGAGAAGAAGUAUAAAUGUGAAGUAUGUGCUAAAACAUUUUCUCAACGAAGUACACUGACAACACAUAUGAGAAUACACACUGGCGAGAACACCCAUAAGUGUGAAGAGUGUGUGAAAACCUUUACUACAUGGAGUAAUCUUCUCACACAUAUGACUGUAGCACACACUGGGGAGAAGAAAUAUAAGUGUGAAGUGUGUGAGAAAGCAUUUUUUCUACAAAUUUCAAUGAAAAGACAUAGGAUCAUACACACUGGUGAGAAGAAAUAGAUAGAGUAUGUAAAUCAUAUCCUCUCAUUGUGGUUAUCUUAUUACAUAUAUUGCAAAACAUGCUGGCCAGAAAAGACACAAAAGUGAAAUGUGUUAAAUAGCGUUUUCUACACUAGGUUGUCCUUUCACACAUAAUGGCAAAAAAUAUUGGUGAAACAUUACACAAAUGUAAAAUUGGUUGUAAAGCAUUAAAGUUGUCUUAUCAUACGUAUGGAAAAACAUGCUGGCAAGACAAACAUAAUUUUGAUUUGUGUGAUUAAGCUUUCCUCAUCAUGGUUCUUUUAACAAAUAUAUGAUAUAACUCACUAGUGAGAUUAUAACACUGUGCACGACGUUACGUCGAAAGACAUUUGAUAAAACAGGAACGACUAUUGAAAGAAAGGACAAAUGGUUGAACAUGACAAUGUAUAUGUGAUUGGUGUGAUAAAGGCUUGUUCAUCGAGGUCCUUUGAAGAAACAUUUGAAUUUUGUGACCAUUGAUUUUUUUGAAACAAGUGGUUUAAUCACACAUAUGUUGAUACACAAUGUAGAGGUUUAUAACUAUGAACUUCAAUUUACGAUAAGAGUUUAGUGUACAACAUGUACAUUUGACCUUCACACACAUAAUUAUCAUAAAUUAUAAGGUACAUUGUAUGUAAAUUUGUUUUUAGCAAUAAACAUAAUUAUUAUAAAUUAUAAGGUACAUUGUAUAUAAAUUUGUUUUAUGCAAUAAAGAGUUUGUUCACCAAAGUCUUCAUUAGACAAUUCACACUGAUGUGAUGACUUACAUAAUUAUGUGAAAAAUAUGAUCAGUUAUCAGCCGACAGAAGUACUCAAAACACAUAUGUGAAUUUAUUCUCAGGAGAAGGAACAUAGAUGCAACAUUUGCAAGAAAUCAUAAAUUGAACGAUGUUAUCUUACCAGAAAUAUGAUAAUACAAACUGGAUAGAAAAAAUAAUGACGCAA